AUGAGCCAGUACGUGGCCCUGAACGUGGCUGUGGACGUGGCCGUCGCCAUGAAUAUAGAGGCCAGCGUGGAGGCCGUCGGCAGGGACGUCUGGAAGGUCCGCAGAAGGGCCGGGUUUGUGGUGGACGUGGACAUGGAUUGGCUGUGGUUGAAUCUACCCAUACAAAUGAAGGUCUCCGACAAGCCGGCGAAGCAACGUGGCCGGCCGGCGGCCUGGCUAGGGAUAACUGAGGUUGAAUUCUGA